UCAAUGGGAGAUUGGUGGCUUGCCAGAAUACUUAAAAGUGAUUCAAUUGGGGAAUAUGCACCUGGCACUGAAGGUUGGGUACCAAGAACAUUUAUGGCACCUUAUUGUGGGGAAAGUCCAAUACUGAGUGAACCAACUAAAGAUAGUAAAUUCAAUUUAAAAGAAAGUGGCAGCAAUGCAAGACAUAGCUUAACAUCAAUGAAGCCUGAACGAAGUAAAAAGAAGUCUAAGAAUAUGUUCAGUUCUCCAGUCCCAGUAAUUGCUGAACCACUUUCUGAUGAAAGCAUUUUGGAGGGGCAGUCCGUUGUGUUUUCUUGCAAAUUAAAGCAUGAUUAUUUAGAUAAAGAUGUGAAAUGGUUUAUUAAUGAUGGUGUUAUUGGACAGAACUGCUCCAUAACCACUAAAUCUCAAGACUGUGUUCUGCAAAUCGAUAAUAUUAGUCAAAAAGAUGAAGGCACCUAUACCUGCAAAGUGUAUGUUAAAGACCAAUUUUGUCAGUCUUCGGCAAAAUUAAUGGUCGUAAGACGUCCUAAUGCUCCUGGCAAGCCACAUGUCCAAAAGAUUACUUCUACUUCGGUUAGCCUUUCUUGGAAUCUUCCUUUUGAUGGUCACUCUCCAGUAAAGUUAUUUAUUGUUGAAUGCAAAGACAAAAUUACAAAUAAGUGGAGUACAUUAACAAAACGUAUUUUUGAACCUUCAACAAUUAUUGAUGAUUUGGUACCUGCAACAGAAUAUGUAUUUCGUGUCAUUGCUGCAAAUGAUAUAGGGAACAGUGAAGGUAGUCAAGAGUCUGAGUCUAUAAAACUUGAUGGUUCCCCUUUUAAAAAACAUUUCUCACUUGAUCCAUUUGAUGAUCACUAUCUCUUGAAAAAUGAAAUUGCAAAAGGAAUGUUUGGAACUGUGUAUAAAUGUCUUCAUAAAGGGACACAACAAAUAUAUGCCGCUAAACUGAUACCAAUAAAUUUACAAAUCAAUCAUUGCCAGAAUGAAUUGGACAUAUUGGCACUCAUUUGUCAUCCUAAUAUAGUUCAGUUAAGUGCAGCAUACCUUUCUCAUCAACACUUCAUCAUUGUAAUGCAAUAUAUUCAGGGUUUGUCUCCAUUAACAUACUUCAAUGAACGCAACUCAAGUGAACAUGAUAUUGCCAAAUUUUGUAGAGAGUUGUGUUGUGGUUUAAAGCAUCUCCACGAUCAUGGGAUUGUCCAUCUUGCUAUUAAGCCUGAUAGUGUUUAUGUAGUUCCAAAUUCCUUUGAUUUCACUGUCAAAUUAAUUCACUUAUCAGAAGCAAAAUUUGUCCAUUCAGAUGUUAAGCAACUUUCCUGCAAAGUAGUUACUGGCUAUGAAGCUCCAGAGGUGAUUUCCAGUGAGUCAGUUGGUACAAAAACAGAUAUGUGGUCAGUUGGAGUUAUGCUUUAUCACAUUUUUUGUGGGCUACUUCCAUGUCUCCAGUCAAUUAAGAAAAAAAAACUUUUUGAGCCAAGAAAAUUUUCUUAUGUAUCUAUUGAAUUGAAAGAUGCCAUUUUGCAUUUGUUGCAAACAAAAUUAUGUAACCGACUUAGCAGUACCGAACUGCUGCAGCAUAAGUGGCUAAAUUUGCAUUACUCAAAUCCUCAGAAGUUGAAAGAAUUUCGCAUUAUUUCAAAUCAGUAACAAUCAUGACAUAUUUCAUUAUCUGAUUAAUAUUUUGACUAUAACUAUAAUUAGACAGUGUACUUGCAACCAUCAUGUUUUUGCAGCAUCAUUGCAUGUUUAAUUUUAUUUCUUGUCA